AUGUCUACAGCAGCUUAUCAAACCAUAAUUGAAACAAAUCCAGCUGAAAUUUUUGUUCCAUUAUAUACAGGUAGACUUUUGUCUAGUGUUGCAUUUAAAGAUGAAGCAAAACGAUUUAAACAUAAUUUAAUAAUGUUUGUUAUCGUGAAUUUUGUUGGAGGAUUUCUUGGUGGAUUUCGUAUUGGUGUAUUUGCAAUAUGUAUAUCACGUCUUAAUAUACGUCUUCGAACAAAAUUAUUUCAAUCAUAUUUACGACAAGAAAUUGGCUUUUUUGAUACACAUGAAAGUGGAAAAUUACUUUCACGUCUUAAUCAAGAUACACAAAUAAUGAGUUCAACUGUAGCAAAUAAUAUUGCACAAUGUAUUGGUGCACUUGUAAAAUUUAUUGGUACAUUUGUAAUGAUGAUUAAAUUAAGUUUACAUUUAACAGUUGCUUGUCUUAUUGGUGCACCACUUAUAUUAAUCGUUGCUAAAUUUAGUGGAAAUGCACAUAGACGUAUAUCAGAAAAAGUUCAAGAUUUAUCAGCUGAUGCAUCAGAAAUAGCGGAAGAAACUAUUCAAACAAUACGAACAGUUAGAAGUUUUGGAAAUGAAGAGGGUGAAUUAAAACGAUUUGCUGAUAUUCUUCAUCUGGCUUAUAAAGCGUCACUUGUACAAGCUGCAUUAUCAGCUGCACAAAAAUGGUUUGUUGAAUUAGCUCAACUUGGUAUGAGUGUUAUCAUGCUUUCAUAUGGCGCGAAACUUGUAUAUGAAAAUCAUAUUAGUGGACCAGAUUUACUUGCAUUUGUUAUAUAUCAAUUAACACUUGGAUCAAUAUUAAAUGAUAUUUCUCAAAUUUAUACAUCGUUAAUGGCAGCGGCUGGUGCUAGCCAGUCUGUAUUUGAUUAUCUUGAUCGUAAACCAUUACAACUUCCAAAUGGUACACUUCAACCAAAUGAAUUACAAGGUGAAAUUGAAUUCAAAAAUGUAUCACUCGCUUAUCCAGCACGGCCAGAUGAAGUUGCUAUUCGGAACAUGACAUUUCAUAUUCAAGCAGGUCAAACAUGUGCUUUUGUUGGACCAUCGGGUUCUGGAAAAUCUUCGUGUAUUAAUUUACUUGAACGUUUUUAUGAUCCAAGUAGUGGAACAAUAUUAAUUGAUGGUCAAGAAAUUCAAGAUUAUGAUCAUAAAUAUCUUCAUAGAAAAAUAGCGAUGGUUGGACAAGAACCUGUUUUAUUUAAUCGAUCUAUUAAAGAAAAUAUUAUUUAUGCAAUAAAUGAUAAUGACAAUGAUACAGCAAUGAUUCAUGCAGCUGAACAAGCAAAUGCACAUGGAUUUGUUAUUGAUCUUGUUAAUGGUUAUGAGACUAUGUGUGGACAACGAGGUGGUCAUUUAUCAGGUGGUCAAAAGCAACGAGUUUCGAUAGCUCGAGCUCUUAUACGAAAACCAACUAUACUUUUAUUAGAUGAAGCAACAUCAGCAUUAGAUCCUGUUAAUGAACGAUUAAUUCAAGAUGCAUUAUUUCUAAAUAAAAAUAAACAACAACAACGAACUAUUCUGAUAUCAGCACAUCGUUUAAGUACAAUUGAACGUUGUGAUAGAAUAUUUGUUAUACAUAAAGGUCAAUUAAUUGAACAAGGUACACAUGAAGAAUUAAUGGAAAUUGAUAAUGGAAUCUAUCGAGAACUUGUUCGACGACAACAAAUGGAUAUAGACAGUUAA